CCCACGCAAGGAUUGAUGGCAAACAGCCUGCUGCCGUCGUUGCCGACCAAGUCAUUCUCUCCUUUGUGAUAUGGCUAGCGUCGACCUCGAAACCGCGAUCAAGCAAGAGGAAGAAUACCUACGCAAAGUUCAUCCUACCGUGGAUGAUAUUCCAGGAUGCAUGACCCUGUUUGAUGAAUUUCUGCAAUGUCACGUGCUCGGGACUCAAAUAAAAUCUUUAUACAGAUACGGUCAAAUGUCAGAAUGUGGAGCUAAAAAAGAGGACUUCAAAUUUUGUAUGAGCUUGAAAUUCAUGCACCCAGAACAGAAACGGGAAGCUUGGAUCCGCCGCCGUGCUGAGUGGUGGGCUCACAGACGGCUUGGGAAGAGCAGCGAAAAUGUGUGGGAUAUAAGGAAGAGUCCUCUCCCAGACUGGCCCCCAGCCCUUUCGGACCAUGUCCCAGAGGGAAUUUGACGGCCCUGUUAUA